AUGACAGCAUUUCAAAGCAACCAGGAGACUGCUAGGCCACUUUUCCUACACACCAAUUACUGUAGUCUCCAUGCUUGUCAGGCAAAGAUCCUCAAAUCUCCACCUCACAUAUUCCAGCAAGAUAGCACUAAUAGACAACCUUGGCUUCGGAGAUAUAGACGGCAGAGUCUUCCGAUUCACUUGCUGUUCUGGCCUCGUGAACGCAAAUGUCCCAGACGCCAUCACUCUACGUGUGGAACACAUGUGCGCGUCGCGCUCGACCUUGGACUCGGCAAACUCUGGCUGAAUUUAGACGGCGUGCUUUCGGAGGUCGCCCUCCCGAGCGGAGACAGUCUUUCGAUCGCGGGCGGCGGGCGUCUGGUCUUCGGCCAAGAGCUUGAUGGUCUUGACGGAGGAUUCGACAUCAGCCAGGCCCUGGACGGCGAACUGGUGGACCUGCGUGUCUACGACGUGACGCUCACUGUCGAGGAGAUGCGCAGCUUCGUCGAGUGCGGCGCCGGGGAAAUAAGGCACAGGCCGAUCCUGACGCUGGAGAGCGAGGUGCUCGAGGUCAGAGGGCCGACCUCACUCUCGCGUCGGCCCGAAGAGGAGGUCUGCCACAGCAAGUCGUACCGGCCCGUGUUCUUCCCCGAAUCAAGGAGUAAAGACGAGGCUUCGCUGUGGUGUCGCGCGUUCAAGGGCUCGCUCGGCGUUCCUGCAAGCGCCGAGGAAAACGCGAGCGUUCGGGAAGCGAUUUCGAACACGUUCAAGGAGCAGUGCGCGAACUGCUACGGCUGUCGCUACUGGCUCGGCUUGAAGGGCGACCCUGUCUCGGGCACGUGGGCGCGAGACUCGGACGGGGAACCUGUGUCGUGGGUCAGCACAGUUCUAGGCUACCAGAAACCCCAAGAGAAUGCGCAGUGCAUGGCAGCCAGCCCUCCGAACUUCCCACAGGCUUGGGUGCACGCGCCAUGCAGCUUGCACCUUUGCGCACUCUGCAAUUUCACUUCGACGCCGAAGCUGCGGCUACUUGGGUUAUGCGAGACCUCUUUGUUCGACAGCCAACUGCACCUCCAUGGCUACACCAACGGCCGCCCGCGGUUCGAUGGGCUGAAACACACGGCGAUCGAGUGGAGCAACGGCACCUGGGUCAUGACCAGCCGCAUAGUCCAGGGCCUGAACGCGUCCAUGCUGAUGACCCGCCGCGGAGACUACCCUCUCGGCGUCCACCGCUGGCGGGUGCGCGGAGACAACUGCGGGGAGAGAGAGGUUGCACUGUUGCUGACGGCGUGCAGUGAGGACGAGUACACCUGCGGCGACGGCGCCUGCAUCAGCAAACACCACCGCUGCAACUCCGUGGCCGACUGUUCCGACAACAAAGACGAGUUCAGUUGCAGCAUCCUAAGCAUCUCGGAAGGCUACCGCCGAGAGCGCCCUCCCGCCGCGCCUUCGGGAGGUCCUCUCGACGUCGCCCUCCUCAUCGGCAUCUCCUCCAUCAAGAAGUUCGACCUCGUGGACUUCAAAAUCAUCCUCAACGCUCGAGUGACGCUGAAGUGGCGUGACGCGAGAGUGACGUACCUCAGUCUGCAGGAGGAUUACCACAUGAACAGGGUGAAGGAUCAACGGUUAAUUUGGAAGCCCGUCCUCUAUAUAAGAGACGAAACAGGGAUUGUCAAGGUAGAGUUCCCUCGAUCGGCUCUGUACGUUAACCGAUCCUCCGAACCGAUAGUGAGUGACGACCAAAUACUGACGGAGAGUUAUGCUUUCAGCGGGGCUUCCAACGUCUUGGUGCACGAGCAAGAAGGAUCUCUGACAAUUAUGUGUCACUACUACCUGCAAAGUUACCCAUUCGACACACAAAAAUGUUUCUUCUACGUUUCUGUGGUUGAUUUAAGUACCAAGUUCGGCCUUUUAGCAAAGAACUCCUCUGUAAACUUCGAAGGCCGGAGGGACCUGUUGGAAUACGAACUGUUCAGCGAAGGACUAGACAUCCUCAUCGAACGCAACGUCAGCUAUGCCAAGAGUAGAGUUAUUGCAGGUCAUUCAAUCGAUUAUGACUGA